CCUACCUCCUGCUCCUAUUGGUCCGCUCCUCCCGAGCAUGUGUGUGACUCUCCACCGUUAGCCCGUAGAGAUGGCCGCAGACAAACCAAACGAGGCUAAAGUUUCUCUUGGGGAUGAAAAUAAGGAAAAUCUCCCGGAUGGCGGACUCGGUCUUGAGAUCUUGCAAAUCAUUAAGGAGUCCCAGCAGCAGCAUGGCCUCAGACAUGGAGACUACCAGAGAUACAGGGGUUACUGCUCCCGCAGACUCCGUCGGCUACGCAAGACUCUUGGAUUCAAGAUGGGAAACCGGCACAAGUUUGUUGGGAAGAAAAUCACAGAGGAAAUGCUGACUGACAGCAGAUAUCUGCUGCUGGUUCUGAUGGAGGCAGAGCGUGCGUGGAGCUACGCCAUGCAGCUGAAACAGGAGGCCAACACAGAACCGCGGAAACGCUUCCACCUGCUGGCACGCCUCCGGAAGGCCGCCAAGCACAGCGAGAGGCUGGAGAAGCUCUGCGAGAGUCAUCGUGUGGACGCGAAAACCAAACUGGAGGCUCAGGCCUACACUGCGUACCUGUCUGGGAUGGUGGAGUUUGAGCUGCAGGAGUGGAAGCGCGCCAUGGAAGCCUUCAACAAGUGCAAAACCAUCUAUGAGAAACUGGCCAGUGCUUUCACCGAGGAGAUGGCGGCUUUGUACCGUCAGCGCGUGGACGAGAUCUCCCCCAACAUCCGCUACUGUGCUUACAACAUCGGAGACCAGAAUGCAAUAAACGACCUGAUGCAGAUGAGGCUGACGGGCGGAGGUGGAGGCAUGAUGGCGGAGAAACUGGAGGCCCUGAUCACUCAGGCAAGAACCAAGCAGGCUGCUACCAUGAGCGAGGUGGAGUGGCGAGGGCGGAGCGUCCCCGUGAAGGUCGACAAGGCUCGCAUUUUCCUGUUGGGACUGGCAGACAAUGAGGCCGCCAUCGCCCAGGCGGCGAACGAGGAGACCAAAGAGCACCUCUAUGAGACGCUGCUGGCCGAAUGCAGAGACACCAUCCAGGCUGUGAGAGAGGAGCUGAAGACUGAAGUGAAACUGCGAGAAAGGAGCUCAGACAACGAUGGAGGGAAAGUUUCCAACCUUCAGUUCCUGCACAGCUACCUGACCUACAUCAAGCUGUGUACGCUGGUGAAGAGGAACGAGAGCAUGGCUCACACCCUGCAGGUCCAGCUGAAGGAGACCGGGGCCGACGAGAGCAAGAGGGGCCCCCGACCUCAGGACCUGAUCCGCCUCUACGACAUCAUCCUGCAGAGUCUGGCUGAACUGUCCACUCUGCCGGGUUUGGAGGAUGACCACGUCUUCCAGAAGGAGGUGUCCCUCAAGACGCUGGUCUACAAAGCUUACAGGUGUUUCUUUAUAGCUCAGUCUUAUGUGCUGGUGAAGAAGUGGAGUGAGGCGCUGGUUCUGUAUGAGAGGGUGCUGAAGUACGCCAAGGAGGUCCAGUCCAAAGCCAAGAGUCUUAGCAGCAGCCUCAAGGACCUGCCUGAUGUCCAGGAGCUCAUCGCUGAGGUCAACGCCGAGAAAUAUUCACUUCAAGCUGCCGCCAUUCUGGACAAAGACGAGACGGCAGAGGUUACCGCUCCUCAUCAGCUGAAAGACAACACGCCGCUCUGUGAGCAUCUGGAAACUUUCCGCAUCGACUCGGCUCUGGUCGGAAAGCAUCCCAACCUGGUCCCCUUCCCGCCGGACUUCCAGCCAAUCCCCUGCAAGCCUCUGUUCUUUGACCUGGCUCUCAACCACGUGACUUUCCCGCCGCUGGACGACAAGGUGGAGCAGAAGGGCAAGGGCGGCCUGACCGGCUACAUCAAGGGCAUCUUCGGCUUCGGUAGCUAAGCUGAAGAAAACCGCCAGACCAAGAUUCAGAUCUCGUCACCAAACGCCGGACCGGGUUCAGAGAAAUCAUGUCCAGUCGUCUGCUUGUUUUUCUUGGAUGAAUUUAAGGAAGAAAACAACCCAGAUGAUCCUCCUUUCUUUAAUACCGGCAGAGCAAACGGGUUAAAACGGUCUUUAGUUUCAUCUAACCCCUGAAUAAUUACCCUAAAAAAUUGACGUUUUUGUUUUGCUUCUUUCAUAAAUGCUUUCCUGUAGUAAGUUUUUCUGAUGAAGUUUUCUUUAAAAUUGAGUUUUCUCAAUUUUUCUGCUCUGUAAAUGUCGACAUUUGUCUGCAUUAAACUUCAAAUUCUGUCUGCUUA